AGCGUGAACAGAGCCCCGUUAAGCGGACCCGAGUUUCAUACAAAUUCUCCGCUCUACAAGAACAUCAUGUCUAAGUCUUAACCACGCUGUUUGGCUGCGUUGGGACAGAGCUGUUACCACAUGUAGUCUGAGCGAAACCACAGUUUGUCACAGCGCUGACAGCGGAUUGGACGACACGGCUCCACUGCACUUCCUCUGAAAACCAGCCGCUCGCUCGCUCACCCACUCCAAAAGCGGAACCAAACGAAAGCUGCUCUGAAAGGGGUCUAAACCGGGACUCUAAACUCUAACUUCUGGACUAAACUGGGGCUCGUGGGCGACUGUAGGAGCAUGGCCGCCGGCGUGGGAAAGGAGUCGCUGUACAGGAGGCUGUUCAGAGCGAAGAAGGAGAGGAGAGUCAGACCGGAGUUUGUGCGCUCCAUGUCUGACCCGGUCGAACGCACAGGGGAGAGACUGCACGAUUCUGCCUGGAGGUUCUCAACUCUACAACCCAACAGGAGCGGCUCUGAUGUGCGGGGCCCUCCUGCUCACCGCUUCUCCUGUGGGCAGAUCUCCGACUGUGUUUGGGAGAGACGGUUCUGCGUCCUCACCGACACGCAACUCCUGCUGAUCACCAGAGACCAAGAGGCGCCUGGAGAGUCCCGGGACGCCUCAACAGACUCGGCAAAAGCUCGCAGUUUACGCCGGACCGUCAGCGUCCCGUCAGAGGGGCACUUCCCGGAGCUGCAGGCAGAGGGCGUACUCGAUGUUUGUGCUGACCACUCUCCAAGGAGGAGGAGCAUCUCUGGGCUCAGUCCGGACAGAAGCCCCAGCCCCGCAGAACCCCCCACCUCCUCCCCGUUCAAAGUCCCGGGCUUCUUUAGCAGACGUCUGAAGGGCUCCAUCAAGAGGACCAAGAGCCAGACCAAACUGGACCGCAACUCCAGCUUCAGACUGCCCACAGCGCCACCUGCUGAUUUAGACAAAUGUGGGGGUCUGGUGCGUCUAAAGGAGGACUGUGUCAGCGCAGCCGGGGCGGUGGAGACUCUGGAGCUGGGGCAGGACCAGGACGUGAGCGUGAAGCCGCUCCACAGCAGCCUGCUGGGACAGGACUACUGCUUUGAGGUCACCUUCCCCGGGGGCAGUAAGUGCUUCAGCUGCAGCUCUGCGUCUGAGAGGGACAAAUGGAUGGAGAACCUGCGGCGCACCAUCCAGCCCAACAAGGACAACUGUCGUCGCGAGGACACGUCUCUGCGCCUGUGGAUCAUCGAGGCCAAAGACCUGGCACCAAAGAAGCGUUACUUCUGCGAGCUGUGCCUGGACGAUGUGCUGUACGCUCGCACCACCACCAAGCCCCGCACGGACAGCCUCUUCUGGGGAGAGUACUUUGAGUUCAGCGGCCUGCCCCCGGUGCACAGCAUCACGGUGCACGUGUACCGCGACCUGUCCGACAACCAGAAGAAGAAGAAAAAGGACAAAAACAAUUACGUGGGGCUGGUGAACAUCUCUGUAGGAGGCAGUGGGAGCAGCGGAGGCAGCGGAGGCAGUGGGAGCAGACAGUUUACUGAGAGGUGGUACUCUCUGAGCACGCCCAGUCUGGUCAAAGGCAAAGGCCCCGCCCCCUCCGUGCGCAUCAAGUGGCGACUUCAGACCAUCUCCAUCCUGCCCAUGGAGCAGUACAAGGAGUUUGCCGAGUUUGUCACCAACAACUACUCGUCCCUGUGCUCUGUGUUGGAGCCGGUCAUCAGUGUGCGCAACAAGGAGGAGAUGGCCUGUGCGCUGGUGCACAUCCUGCAGAGCACAGCGCGAGCGAAGGACUUCCUCACGGACCUGGUCAUGUCUGAGGUGGACCGCUGCGCUGACCACGAUGUGCUCAUCUUCAGAGAGAACACACUGGCCACCAAAGCCAUCGAGGAGUACCUCAAACUGGUGGGACAGAAGUACCUCCAUGAUGCUUUAGGCGAGUUCAUCAAGGCCCUGUACGAGUCGGACGAGAACUGUGAGGUGGACCCGAGCCGCUGUCCCAGCAACCAGCUGUCAGAGCACCGCAGCAACCUCAAGAUGUGCUGCGAGCUGGCCUUCUGCAAGAUCAUCAACUCUUACUGUGUUUUCCCUCGCGAGCUGAAGGAGGUCUUUGCGUCCUGGCGGCAGCAGUGCCUCGCCCGCGGGCACUCGGCGGACAUCAGUAAGCGUCUGGUCAGCGCGUCUCUCUUCCUGCGCUUCCUCUGCCCGGCCAUCAUGUCUCCCUCGCUGUUCAACCUGACGCAGGAGUACCCCGACGACCGCACCGCCCGCACCCUCACCCUCAUCGCCAAGGUCAUCCAGAACCUCGCCAACUUCUCCAAGUUUGGGAAUAAGGAGGAGUACAUGGCCUUCAUGAACGACUUCCUGGAGCACGAGUGGGCGGGGAUGAUGCGUUUCCUGUCUGAGAUCUCUAACCCGGAGAGCCUGUCCUCCACGCCGGGCUUCGAGGGCUACAUGGACCUGGGCCGAGAGCUGUCUGUGCUGCACGCGCUGCUCUGGGAGGUGGUCUCGCAGCUCGACAAGGGUGAAAACUCCUUCCUGCAGGCCACAGUGGCAAAGCUGGGGCCCCUGCCCAGGAUCCUGGGGGACAUCACAAGGAGCCUGUCUGCCCCCACGCCGGGUCCCACACCGGGCUCCACACCGGGCCCUAUACUCGGCCCUGCACUGGGUCCUCCGCUGGGCCCUCAGCCCCUCCAGCGCUUCCACGGCCUUAGCUCCACAAACAUCAGCGGGAGCCAGUCCUCAGGGCUCCACAGCAUCAUGGAGAAUUCUAACAGUGACGUGCACAGCGUUUUAUCAGGCGCUGAGUUCAUGGAGGGCGUGGUCCCGCUCCCCAACGGGCGCAGCGUCUCGUUGGUGGAUCUCCAGGAAGCACAGCACGGCUCCCGCGUCCACAGGGUGCCCUCGCAGACCUCGGUGGGAGCCCCGCCCACCGCGAGCUACUCCACGCCUCUCCCCCCGCAGCAGACCAAAGCCACGCCCCCUCGAGACGCCCAGCCUCAGAGCGCGCCGCAGGUGCGGCGCCCCCUGCAGCCCUCUCUGAGCCAGCAGCGCAGUCUCCAGGCCCUGUCCUUCCAGAACCCCGUGUACCACCUGUCCAACCUGUCCCACCGCACCAGCCCCCCUCACUCCAGCUCCGACAACCUGAGCACCCAGAGCUCACAGCACAGCCCCUGGGACGAGACGGGCAGCCAGGCCGGAGCUCACAGCCAGGCCUCCACCCCCAGAGCGGCCGCCCCUGCCCCAGACACCCCCCUGUCGACCGCUGUGGCCAUCCCCCGACAGAGCACCACGGCCGGCACCGCACACAUCAUCAAGGUGGAGCAGCAGAGCAGAGGAGGCUCCCGCACGCCCAAGUCCCUGCCUCACAGUGCCUCCUUAAGAAGCAGCAGCAGCGCUAACACAGAACCCACAGCACCUGGACCCGGACCUGGACCCGGACCCGGACCCGGACCCGGACCUGGACCUGUCCCGAACCCCCCACAGCCGCCCUGCCCCAGCGACAGCACAGCCCCGCACAGAGGCAAAGCAGUGCAGCAGGUGUCUCCCGUGGAGCCUGUUGCCGUGGCGAUGUCCCCGGUGGACCGCACAGCCGCCUGGGUCCUGAACAACGGGCAGUACGAGGAGAGCGAGGAGGAGGAGGGGAGGAGCCCGGAGCACAGCGCGUCAGACAAGUACGAGCUGGAGAUCUCCUCUCUGAAGGAGCGCCUGCGUCUCUCCGGCAGGCGUCUGGAGGAGUAUGAGCGCCGCCUGCUGGCCCAGGAGCAGCACAUGCACACAGUCCUGAGCGAGUACCAGAGCAGGCUGGAGGAGAGCCAGGAGCAGCUGAGGAGGCAGACGCAGGAGAAGGACGGGCAGAUGAAGAGCGUCAUGUGCAGGCUGAUGGCGGUGGAGGAGGAGCUCCGCAGGGACCAUGCAGAGAUGCAGGCCGUCAUAGAGGCCAAGCAGAAGAUCAUAGACGCUCAGGAGAAGCGGAUCCUCUCUCUGGACGCGGCGAACUCCCGCCUCAUCUCGGCUUUAACCCAGGUCAAAGAGCGCUACACCACGGCCAACCUGCGCAACGGCCUGUCCCCCACCAGCCCCAGCAAACUGUCCAUCACCGAGAGCGGCGAGUUCAAGAGCACCGGCUGAACCUGGACCUCCCGAAGCCUUCGAGAAGAGCUCCUGAACAGGACACUGAGGGAGGAGCCUGAAGGCCCCACACGCCACAUUUCUAGAGACAUUGGAUCUGUUUUUUUUUUUUUUUUUUAAGUUUAUCAUGUUAAUUUAUUGUUUUAUUUGCUGUUGCAGAACUACUGACGUUUGUGCGGUUAUGUUGACAAUAAAAGCUGCUUGUGAACAUUA